AUGGCCGGAGGUCACGGGCGCCUGUUGCUGUCGGCGCUCUGUAUGAUCCUCACGCUCGGUGGUACAUCAUCGGAGCCGGAAGCGGAGCUGGCGGAUCGCCCGAAAACCGCGUACCUGGGCUGCCACAAGCGGCUGUUCACGUACCGGGUAUCCCAGACGGACGGUAAGGGACGUGAGUGUUGGGAUCACGUCAGCGUACUGUCCUGCUGGGGUCGAUGCGACUCGAACGAAAUCUCCGACUGGCGCUUCCCGUACAAACGGUCUCACCAUCCGGUGUGUGUGCAUGCCGGACGAACGAAAGCGGUAGCGCUGCUGCGCCACUGCCAUCCGGAUGCGGACCUUGCGGCACGCCAGUACGAGUACAUGGAACCGAAAUCUUGCAACUGUCAGACCUGCUCCAGUACGGAUACGAGUUGCGAAGGACCGAAACAACUCAACACCGAAGCAGUGACAAAGAUAUUUCAGAUCGAUGAAGAAGACACGGAACCGGAAUAUCCUUAAGGUGUACCGAGGAUAAGCUCCUUCAUUCCCACCCCGUCACAUUGGUAGCCAUUCAACGUGUGUAGGUGUGUAAAAUUGAGCCCUUCUUCCAUAUGCCGUGACGAGUCGGGACCCCAGGCACAUGCUCCAGCAGCACGACGCCAAAGGAACAGAACGAUACGCAACAUGUAUUUUAAAGCUAGCGCGAC